UGCGGCGUACUCUUGAUGUGCAUAGUACGCUAGUGUGCUUAGCUGUGCCCUAAAUGAAGAGGUCACGUGGUUCGGUGAGCGUGCACGCGAAACGAGAGGAAGUUAAUAUUGUUUUUGUUAAUACUGUGCGAGGCGCCAAAAUAUUUCAGGCGCAGUAGAAAAGCCGAGCUUGAGCUCACUGAAAGUUAACAGGUCCUGUUUGCCAGGGCAACAUGAGCUGGACUUUCUUGACACGGUUGCUAGACGAGAUCUCUAACCACUCGACAUUCGUGGGGAAGAUAUGGCUCACACUUUUCAUCGUGUUUCGGAUUGUUCUUACUGUAGUGGGUGGUGAGACCAUUUACCAUGAUGAGCAGAGCAAAUUUGUAUGCAACAGUUUGCAGCCUGGAUGUGAGAAUGUAUGCUAUGAUGCCUUCGCGCCACUCUCCCAUGUGCGCUUUUGGGUUUUCCAGAUCAUCACCAUCAGCACACCAUCCAUCAUGUACCUAGGCUUUGCUGUACACAAGAUUGCACGCAUGACGGAUGAUGAUUAUCAGCCACAGGGCUGUAAGCGGGCAAAACAAGGUGCCAGUCACAGCUACAAAGAAACGGGUGAAGUGGGUGAGGAGGUGCCCAUGAUUACAGAGGAGAUAGAGCUGUCUGAGAAGGAGAAGAAGGAAUUGACUGAAUUCCAAAGCAGGUCCAUGAAGCAUGAUGGUCGUCGUCGCAUUCAUCGAGACGGACUGAUGAAUGUCUAUGCACUGCACCUAAUCUUACGCAGUGCCUUUGAGGCAGCCUUUCUCUUUGGCCAGUACAUGCUCUAUGGCUUUGAAGUGGCACCAUCAUACGUGUGCCAGCGCAGCCCAUGUCCACACACGGUCGAUUGUUUUGUGUCACGCCCCACUGAGAAGACUGUCUUCCUGCUUGUCAUGUAUGUGGUAAGUGCGUUCUGCCUGGCACUCACCGUCCUCGAGAUGCUACAUCUUGGUAUUGGAGAACUCAGAGACUCUAUGUGUAAGCGGUCACAGCGGAGAUGCCCACUCCAGACACAGGCACGCCGCAUCCCACCAAGCUACCAUGCUGCUCUGAGGAGGGAUAUAGCAGGCAGAACAAAAAGCAAUUUGCAAGAAAACAUUGCUGCUGAGGUUCUAGGUGAUGAGGUGGAGUGUCUGCGGAGACACCUGAAGAUGGCACAACGACACCUAGCACAGGCCUACCAGAAUGAAGAGGGCAUGGAAUCAGUGGCACACAGCAGCAGCCCAGAGUACAACAACAUGGCGGCUGAGCAGAACCUACUUAAUAUGGCUCAGGAGAAACAUGCCAGCACUGCUAAGAAAGGGGUCCACCCAUGAACCUCUCAUCAGUCAAACCUUCUGAAGGAAGGAAUGCACAUAUCAGAGGGUGGUUAUUGGGACAAGAUAUUAGCGUGUGUGUGUGUGUGUGUGUGUGUGUGUGGUGAGCAUUGUAAUAAUUUAUAUGCAAUAAUAUUUAGGCCUAUAUUUUGUUGAUUUGAAGGAGUGUUUCAUUAUUCAAUUAGUAGGAGAAAAUAAGAAUUUAUUUAUUUGCAAUAAUAUCCUGCAAAGAGCAUACAUUUCACCAUCUGUGCUCUGUUUAAUUAUUAUUGUCUUCAGUUGUAAUCAUUUUUAGUAAUAGUAAAUCAUGGUAAAAUCUGGAUCUAAAACCUUUUGCACCUGAUAAAUUGUUAUUUUGAUAUGUGUGUUACUAGACCUGUCUUUAACUGGAAGUUUUUUUUCCCCUUAGUUGUAAUAUGGUACAAUGUCAAACAAUUUCAGUACCAUUUAGAUAGCAUCCAAUACAUUGCUACAUUUUGUAGCCUUUGUUCAUACUUAAUAAAAUGUGUACAUUUG